GGACGCGGCGAACUGAGAUUGCUGUGCUUUAGUUCGCUACUGACUCGUUUCUCUACGCUCCUUGUUGCAAUGAGCUUUCUUAAAAGUUUCCCGCCGCCUGGGUCGGCUGAGGGGCUCCGGCAGCAGCAGCCAGAUACUGAGGCCGUGCUGAACGGGAAAAGCCUCGGCACCGGCACCCUUUAUAUCGCUGAGAGCCGCCUGUCUUGGUUAGAUGGCUCUGGAUUAGGAUUCUCACUGGAAUACCCCACCAUUAGUUUGCAUGCGGUGUCCAGGGACCUAAAUGCCUAUCCACGAGAGCAUUUGUAUGUUAUGGUGAAUGCCAAAUUUGGAGAAGAAUCAAAAGAAUCUGUUGCUGAUGAAGAAGAGGAAGACAGUGAUGACGAUAUUGAACCUAUUGCUGAAUUUAGGUUUGUGCCUAGUGAUAGAUCAGCCUUGGAGGCCAUGUUCACUGCAAUGUGUGAAUGCCAGGCUUUGCAUCCAGAUCCUGAGGAUGAAGAUUCAGAUGAUUACGAUGGAGAAGAAUACGAUGUGGAAGCACAUGAACAAGGGCAGGGGGACAUCCCUACAUUUUAUACCUAUGAAGAAGGAUUAUCCCAUUUAACAGCAGAAGGCCAAGCCACACUGGAGAGAUUAGAAGGAAUGCUUUCUCAGUCUGUGAGCAGCCAGUAUAACAUGGCUGGAGUCCGGACAGAAGAUUCAAUAAGAGAUUAUGAAGAUGGGAUGGAGGUAGAUACUACACCAACAGUUGCUGGACAGUUUGAGGAUGCAGAUGUUGAUCACUGAAAAUGAUUGAUGCUGCUUUAGGAUUCUGCUCAUAACUGUAGGAGAGAACUUGGUGCCUCUUCCACUGUGGAGUGGGUAUUGAUGAAAGUCUUUUUCCUUCUCCAAAACUUACCUGAACCAGUUCUUUCUUGAGACAGAUUAUACUGAGACAACAAGUUGUCGCCAGCACAAGAAACUAUGACCUUUAUUAACAAAGGUGAAUUAACUUAACCAAGAGGGUAUUUGUAGUUUAUCAUUUACUCCAAAACUUUGUGUCUAGGUGUACCCUCUGUAGGCUUAUAAUUCCUGCCUUCACUAUAUGCAUCCUCAUAACCUAGCAGGACUACAUGGUGGAAAUGCACUGGCACUUGAAGGUGUAGGUAGACUGCAUGGGAAAGAGGGGCUGAAUACAAGAUAUACACCUUAGGGCCUAAGAAUAACCUCACUCCUUAAAAAAAGAAAAACAGAGAUCUCAGAUAAAUCCUGGCCUAUGCACAGUCUCCGCAGGAAUAAAGGUCUUUUUCUUUUUACUAAUUGGGAACCCAGAUUAAUUAACUCUAGGGAGCCUCUUCAGAAACAGCCCAGCCACACAUACUACCACUAGCACAAGUGCUUUUGCCUAGCCUUUGCUCCUUUCACCAUGUUUCACCAGUCUGUUCUCUUAUAACCUCUUAGGUUAUAUCCUUUCAUUCCCAACCUCUUAGGUCAGUUUCUGUAAAAGAACAAGUGAAAUUGGGGUGAAGUUCUCAAAGUACUUCAGAUAAUUGUUUUGUCUUUGUAAUAGCUUAACAAAUAAAUCUAGGUUUUCUAUAUUAUUGUGCUCUUAUUCUUUUUUUUUUAAUUAAUUUUUAUUGGAGUAUGGUUGCUUUACACUGUUGUGUUAGCCUCCACUGCACAACAGAAUGAAUCGGCCAUACACAUACAGAUAUCCCCUCCCUUUUGGACUUCCCUCCCAUUUUCAUUCUUGACUAAAACCAUUAAUGAGAAAUGUUUCUUAAAAAAUUAGUGUUGGCAAAAACUGAGACUCUUGUUGGUCUUAUUUUUGUUUGACUUUUGUUGGGAAUAUGAACAUGAAAUAAGUAAGAAAAUGUAUAGUUAGAGCUUCAGGCAAAUGUUUAGUAGGGCAAGGUCAUAACACAUUUCAAAGGGAUUUCUGCUUCCACUUGAAUCAGGAGUAAUUUCUCAGGGCAUACUUUUCAACUCUCAGUUUCCUAUUUUCACAGACACCUGGAUAGUUAUCAGGAUGAUUUGUAAUUACAGGUUUAUACUUGGACUUUAUGACCUUAAAAAUAGGUUAGGAAAGCUAUUCACAGUUACUUGCCUAAUUAGUGACUAGUGUGUCACCACUAAGCCCAGUGUUCUUUUCAGCACUUUUACUUGGUUUCCCUCAUCUUGCAUGGUAGACUGAAAAAAACGAAUAUUCUUUUUCCUGACCAGACUCUCAUAAAUACUGAAUUUGUUACAACAAACAAAUAAUAAAGGUCGCUUGGAAAUGGGAACUGAAAUUUACUGAGACCUCUGUACUGUUCUGGGUUCUUUACAUGCAUUAUGCGUAUAAUAUUCUUAACCACCUUAUGAGGUAUAGGUGCUUUUAUGAUCCCACUUUAGAGAUGAGGAAACUGAGUUACAGGGAGAGGUAAAGUAACGCUUGAGGUCACAUAGAUAGGGAGCUGUGAUUUUUAAGCCUAUGCUCCCAAAUACCAUUCAGCCUUACCAUCUACCACCAGCUGAAAGGAAGCACAUUUUCUUUUUACUGCAGGGUUUUCAGUGUUAAAAUUUCAAUAGACAGCACAGGAAGUUCGCAAAUUUCUCUGCUACCAAUCUCAGCAGCACUCAUAAUUCUAUGCUAGACGUUUAUCCAUUCUUCAGUAAGCAGUCCGGGUACUCUUAUGGGCUAAUCUUAGCAAUUCUAUUUGAAUUCCUUUUUAAAGUCAUGCUUACAUACUUGUAAUCAUGACUUCUGGUGAAACAUAAAGUGCUCUUUGAUAACAUAUCAACAAAAUGUUGAGAUUCUGUGCACUGUGUUUCCUGUAGGCACUGCUGCGGUCAGCCUGGUAUUGUGGAUAAUGCAGUCAGCUAAGAUGCAGGAGACCAAGCAUUUAGUUCUGACUUGGCAGACAAGAUAUUUAACCUCUCUGGACCUACUUCCUCAUCUUUGUAAAAUGAGAGGACUAGACUUUCAAAGUCUAAAUGACUUUAAAAUAGUCAACUGUAACAUUCUGUAAUAGUCGGCAGGUGUACCCAUAGCUUUGAGAAAAUAAGAGAAGAAAAGAUCAGGUCACACGUUUUAAAAAUAAAAUUCAUAAUGAUCAGCAAGCCAACAUUUCUUGAUUCUAUUUGAACUUAAUUUUAGGGUUGUUGGAAUUGUUUUGUUUACUGCUUCUUGGUGUAGAGGAAAUUUUAAGAAAAGACAUAGACGUUCUCCCCCCAUAGCUAGGGUUAGUGGUCGUCUGAUCUAAGUUCUAUUGUUUAAAAAUGUAUUCAUAGGCCUCCCUGGUGGCGCAAGUGGUUGAGAGUCCGCCUGCCGAUGCAGGGGAUACGGGUUCGUGCCCCGGUCUGGGAGGAUCCCAUAUGCCGCGGAGCGGCUGGGCCCGUGAGCCAUGGCCGCUGAGCCUGCGCGUCCGGAGCCUGCGCGUCCGGAGCCUGUGCUCCGCGACGGGGGAGGCCACAACAGUGAGAGGCCCGCAUACCGCAAAAAAAAAAAAAAUGUAUUCAUUAAAAUAUCCCAGUGGAUGAUAGGCUUGUUUAAAUGUUUGUUGAUUAUGUAUUUUUAGAUCUUGUUGGGAUCUUGCCGGUAUUGUUAAAGAUGAGGGAUUAUGCACAGAUGAUCAUAGUAUAUGGCCCUUUAUUUUUAGAAGACAAGUGUGAUUACUCAUUGUUCAGAGAAAUUUUAGAUAUUUAGAUAAAAUUUUAUUUAUCUGCAGGAUUUCAGAUAGAAUCACACUAUAUAGUUAAUUGUCAUACAAAUCAUAUUUUUAAAGUAUUUCUAGAAUGGGUGAAUCUACAUCUGGUACCCAUCUUCUGUGGCUAAUAGAUAGUAAUUAAAAUCUGAGAAAAUCCCUUGUGAGGGUUCUAAUAGAAUUAUUGCCAUCCCUUGACAAAGAAGCUGAAAUUGAAAAAUACUUUCACUAGCAUCUCGCUCUGUCUGCUCAUAUCUACGUAAAUAAAAUCAAUAUCUAAUGUCGGGGACUUAAUAACUUCAGAUGAGAAAUCAGGACAACUUUGGGGAGAGCAGUGAACUUAGAAUUGUUUUUAGCACAAUUUUAAGAACAUAAAAUAGAAAUACAUAACUUGGAUGAGAAGGCUAAUAAAAAUGUAUACAGGCUAAUUCUUCUUAGGAUUUUAUUUUUGGAUUAUUUUGAAGAUUGUAUGAAUCACUAACAACAGUGUCUAGAAGAUGAUGCAAUAAAUGUUAUUACCAAUAGUAGUUAGUUCUUUCUAUAACAGAAAGAAGCAGCUACAAAUGUAAUGUUAACUCAGCUCUUAGAAUACAUCUGAGAUGCCUGAUAUUUAAAAUUCCACUGAGCAAUUAAAACAGAUGUGAUAAAAUUAUGCAUUUUUCUCGAAGGACCUUCAGGCCUUCACUGCAGGUCUCUACCCUUGCUCUACAAACAGCUCCGAUGUACUUGCUCAUCUAGUUUCUAGGCAUGUAACAGGUUAGAAAAGGAGAAAAGGGGUGGUUGCCUCAGGCAUAUCAAUAGCAGCAGUAAACAGCUGACAGAAUUAUGAAGAAAAGCAAAUAUGUAUUACCCCAAAAUAUAGCAGUCUAAGCCUUCAUAGCGUGUAAUGCAAAUAUGAGAGUAGUGUAGCAAUUUAUGUUCAUAAAAGUAUGACCAAAAUUAUCAGCCUAAAUUCUGGUUGUAAAUAUCCAAAUCUGGCUAAUUUAAGCAGAAAAAAAAAAAAGCAAAAGGCUAUCUGGUAGCUCAAAAAAUGGACAUGAAAGCUGAAAUAAACCAGGCUCAGAAAAAGGUUAGGAACUAGGAUUGGUUUACAUAAGAUGUUGUGAUUCCUCUGGGUGUUAGACUGAUUGAAUUGCUUCUGUGUCUUUGAGUCACCACAGGGUCCUGGUUGGCACUGUGUGUGUUGCCAGAAGACAGGACUAUCUGGCCCUUUCAGCUUCUGUAGUGAGAGGGCACUGCCCCUGCCCAGAUUCUCACAGUGGUGGAUUAUCCCAAAUAGAAAGGAUGCUUGGAUGCUGGCUUGCAAAAAUUUACAGCUGUCUACUGCAUCCCCAAACCUUAAAAAACAAACAAACAGAGACAACAACAACAAAAACUAUAAAUUGGGGUUGUACGUAAUUAAAGUUAAGAAAGGUUUUUAUAGAAACUGAGGGACAUACUAUUGAUAUUUGUCAAAGCUUAAAGUGCACAUGAGAGACCCAGAGACUUCACUGAAAGGAAUUUAUCUAAAAGAUAAAUUUGCACAUUAGGAAAAGUCAUAAGCGCAAGGAUAUUAAUUGCAACUUUAUUUGUAAAAGACUGAAAACAACCUCAAUGUCUAUAGUUAAUUUAAGCCUGGGUCAAUUAUUUACAGUACCUCUGUACAAUAGAAAACUGUAUCCCUUAAGAAAAUUGGUUAGAGGGAAGAGAUAUGGGAACAUAUGUAUAUGUAUAACUGAUUCAUUUUGUUAUAAAGCAGAAACUAACACACCAUUGUAAAGCAAUUAUACUCCAAUAAAGAUGCUUAAAAAAAAAAGGUGAGAUACAAUGUACCAAUAAUGAAUAAGCUCCAAGAUACAUUAGAUUAAAAACAAGACACAGAGAUAUUUGUAUAGAAGAAAAGGGGCUGGAGGUUACAAUGGGGAUUAUAUGUAUCAUGUGCAUAUACAUGAUGCAUAAGAAAGUUGUUUGGGGGAGAAGUAGGGGACUGGGGUAGGAGGGAGACUUGAGGUUUUUUUCUGUGUUCGUGGGUUGAAUUGUGUCCCCUCAAAACGAUAUGUUGAAGUCGUGACCUCCAGCAUCUCAGAAUGUGACUUUAUUUGGACAUAGGGUCUUUACAGAGGUGAUCAAGUUAAAAUGAAGUCACUCGGAUGGGCCCUAAUGUAAUAUUUACUGGUGUCCUUAUCAGAAGGGAGAAUUUGGACACAGAGACAGACGUGGCAGAGGGAAAGCCAUGUGAAGGUGGGGGGUUGUAGUGAUGCAUGUACAAGCAGAGGAAUGCCUGAGGCUACCCGAAGCUAGGAGAGAGGUCUGGAACAGAUGCUUCCCUAGUGCCUUUAAGAGGGAUCAUGGCUCUGCGGACACCUUGCUUGGACUUGUGACCUCCAGAACUGUGAGAGAAUAAAUUUCUGAUAUUCUAAACCA